AUGGACUUCUUCGCCUUCCCCCGCGAGAUCCAACAGGACAUCCUACGGAUGAUGGACUUCCAAAGUCUCCACUAUAUCGGGCGCUGCAGCAAGGCCAGCUGGAAACUUGCUGAAGAAGUCCCUGGCAAAAUUUGGGACGGCGCUCUGAUGUGGGAUGGCAGUCUCAAGUAUACCGGGAUCUCAUUCGGAACUCACCGACGGCACCCGAUGCCUCAGAGCACGCAUAAGAUGCUCUUUGCAAAUUCAACCGUUCAUCAGUUGUUACUCCAAAGAGAGGGUCAACCGAUUUCAAACCUUAAAGCUAUCAAUUUGAGCAUUACCUACAGCGAUCGAAAUAUUAUCGAAGUAAUCCAAAGCUACGCGCCUAUCACCGGAAAAUAUCGUCAAGUUGAGCUAUCAAAUGUUUGGCCAACGCCGGAACUUUAUUCUUGGUUGAACGGCUCGAACUGCUCGGAGCUUGAGAUUAGGACCCACUUUGAAAUCCCGCUUUUCGAUUACCUACAGGUCAAACAUCCGCGAGUGCUUUUCCGUCCAGAUCCGAACAGCACCGAUGGGCUUUGUGGCUUUGCAAAAAGGAUCAUAUGCAAAUGGCUCACAGGAGAGCGAGAAAUUGAAGACGUUCAAAUUUUGAGCUACCACUGCUCGGACCUAAAUGACGAGUGGCUAGAGAACCUCGACUUGUUCUGGGCCGGGAAGAAGCCGAGGUAUCGUCGAAGUGAUGGAGGUGAUGAAGGGCAGGAAGAUGAUGUCUACGGGAUUGAACCCUGUGAUGGCGAAUGGCUUUGGAUGCGCUAUGUGCCUGGUGAGAUGCGCCCUGGGUUUAUCCGCGACUUGGAAAUUUUCCUACGCACUAAUAUCCCU